AAAUCUUUCAAUCUACUGUACCUUUAUGACACUUCCAACCUUUCUGCUUCCUCCAUCCUCUCAUCUCUCUCCUCAUCUGAUUUCUUCCUCCGUCCCUCAGUCUGUUCUCUAUCACUCUCCUUUACAGUAAUUGCAUUACUCUCUCUCUGUGUCUGUAGAGCUGAGAGGGAGCAGAGCAGACUCUGCCCUCCGUGAUUGGAAAAGGGAAUCACGACCACAGCUCCAGCCGCACAGACCGUCUUUGCCACCAUCAUGCAGACCUCCGUCCUUCUCCUCCUUUCCCCAAUUCUCCUCCUGUCUCUCCUCAUCCCCACCUGCUCCUCCCAGAGCGAUGCGGACCUCAUUGUUCAGACACGUACCGGUCGAGUCCGUGGCCACCGCCUGCCGGUGCCUGAUCGCAGCUACGUCAGUGCUUUCUUGGGCAUUCCCUUCGCUGAGCCACCAGUAGGGAAGCGGCGUUUCCGUCCUGCUGAGCCCAAGCGUCCGUGGACAGGGGUGUACGAUGCCAAUGCCUACCCCAAUGCCUGCUACCAGUUUGUAGACACAUCAUUCCCUGGCUUCACGGGCAGUGAGAUGUGGAACCCCAACAGAGAGAUGAGUGAAGACUGCCUGUACCUCAAUGUGUGGGUCCCCUCCUCAGCCAGACCACACAAUCUCACCGUCAUGGUGUGGAUCUACGGUGGAGGCUUCUACAGUGGUUCUUCUUCUCUGGAUGUGUAUGACGGCCGUUACCUAGCUCACAGUGAGACAGUCAUUGUGGUUUCCAUGAACUACCGGAUUGGUGCCUUUGGCUUCCUCGCCCUGCAUGGCUCCUCAGAAGCUCCUGGAAAUGUGGGUCUGCUGGACCAGAGGAUGGCACUGCAGUGGGUACAAGACAACAUCCAUUUCUUUGGUGGAAACCCCAAACAGGUGACUAUCUUUGGUGAGAGCGCUGGUGGUGCUUCAGUAGGAUUCCACCUCUUGUCUCCAUACAGCAGGCCUACCUUCACCAGGGCUAUUUUUCAAAGCGGGGUCCCCAACUGUCCCUGGGCCUCGGUCAACCCUGCUGAGGCCCGCAAACGUGCCACACUGCUGGGCAAACUGGUCGGCUGCAACGGAGGCAAUGACACCGAGCUGGUGGACUGUCUGCGCGGUAAAUCUCCACAGGAACUCAUCGACCAAGAGUGGCAGGUCCUGCCAUGGUCAGCCCUCUUCCGGUUUUCAUUUGUCCCUGUUGUGGAUGGUGACAUUCUGCCCGACACUCCAGAGGCCAUGCUCAAUUCAGGAAACUUUAAAGACACUCAGAUUCUACUUGGAGUCAAUAGGGAUGAAGGCUCCUACUUCUUGACGUACGGAGCACCAGGCUUCAGCAAGGACAAUGAGAGCCUCAUCUCCAGGGAGGACUUCUUGGAAGGUGUCAAGCUGAGCGUACCACAUGCUAACGAUAUUGGCUUGGAGGCAGUGGUGCUGCAGUAUACUGACUGGAUGGAUGAGAAUAAUGGGCUGAAGAACCGUGACGCGAUGGAUGACAUUGUGGGUGACCAUAACGUCAUCUGCCCACUGGCUCACUUUGCUCGCUCCUUCGCCCAGCACAAUGCUCUCAAAGCCAACAUGGGAGGAGGCAGCUCUGGGAUGAACAGUGGAGGGAAUUCACAAGGAGGUAUCUUCCUCUACUUCUUCGACCACCGAGCAUCCAACAUGGCCUGGCCUGAGUGGAUGGGUGUGAUGCACGGCUACGAGAUUGAGUUUGUCUUCGGCCUGCCACUGGAGAAGAAGCUCAACUACACCCUGGAGGAGGAAAAACUGAGCCGACGCAUGAUGAGAUAUUGGGCCAACUUUGCACGAACGGGAAAUCCUAAUGUGAACCAUGACGGCCUGGUUGAAAACAAGAAGCGCUGGCCUGUGUUCACUAACGGCGAGCAGAAAUAUGUUGAACUCAACACUGAACCACUGAAGAUCCACAAAGGUCUGAGGAACCAGAUGUGUGCUUUCUGGAACCGCUUCCUGCCACGCCUCCUCAACAUAACUGACAACAUAGACGAGGCAGAGCGUCAGUGGAAGGUGGAGUUCCACCGCUGGUCCUCCUACAUGAUGCACUGGAAGAGCCAGUUUGACCACUACAGCAAGCAGGAGCGCUGCACUGACCUCUGAGAUCCUCAGCAGAGAGAUGGGAGAAUGGUGGGAAGGGGGAGGCAUGGAGAAGCCCCUCAGUGAAGUCUAACUUCAUUCAACUUUUUUUUUUAAUGUUGUCUGCUUCACUACACACACAAACACAGGCACCGUCCAUCUUUAUUUAUAUUAUUUAUACUAUUUAUUUAUGUGUUGGUUUUCUGUAUUUCUGUGUGUCUGUGCAAAUUAGGGCUAUGGAAGGAACUCAUCAUCAAUGUGGAGGAAUAUUAGAAAUGUCAAAGAUGUGUCAUUACCCCCGUGUGUGCGUGCGUGCGUGCGUGCGUGCGUGCGUGCGUCUUGAAGGCCCCCCUUUUUCACAUAAGACUGCUCCACUGCUGGUUUACUGUUGACUCACGUGUCUUUGUGUUGCUCUCAUAAACAGAGGAUUAUAUCAGGGUUUUGCUUUUUGGAUUCAGCAGCACUGUUUGUUUCUGUUGAAGCCUUGUAGUCGCGGCACUAUUAUGACCACUAUUCCUGUUACCUGCCGUGUUCUGCUUAACUCUGCCUUGUGUAUUUGUCUCGUGGUAAAGCCACAGCUGGGUGUUGUUGUGUGAAAAGGCUCCAUGGAAACAUGAAGCUCCCUCCAUAUUGGGAAAACCACUUUAUGCUUAUUUAAAGUGACAUGUAGGUUUGUAAGUUUGAUCUUUCCCUCUGUACUGUAGAUGGUGUAUGACAUUCAGCCAAACUAAUCGGUGCGUAAUUUACAUCAGUUAUUACAUUUAAAAAGUUCACUUCGGAUCAGCUCGACAGUUGGAAGUGAAAAUAUCUGAUAAAUCUCGCUGCAUUGCCUUGAGUUGCUGAGUUUGUCAAAUAUCAGAGGGCAGUGCUUUAAAACUCAUAGACUAAUCAAUGUUGAGUAAGGGCUGCAGCUUUAAUUCAACCUGCUCAAAGUGAAAUACUAGAUAACAGCAACACAGCUCAGUGAUUCAGCGUCACAUUAAUAAAGUUCAAUGGUCUCACUGUAUGUAGUGGUGUAGUACCAUAAUGCAGUUCAGUGGAAGUGCCCCACAUAUUCAAAUCAAUAAAUCAAUUACAUUUGAAUACACACAUUCUAAUGUAACACAUCCAGCUUUGUGCUACUAUACUAUAAUAGUAUAUACUACAUAUAAUAUUUCUUUCCUUUGUUACAUUAUCAGUUAUUCCAGGUUUAGUGUAUACUUCAAGUGAAAGAGAGGGAAGGAGAAGACUCUCCUUUAUCUGCGGUUAGAAAACAUAGUCAACAUAAUCAAGUCAAGUCAUUUCAUUUGAGGUCAUGUGAUCUGGAUCAGUACUUCCAUUCGUCAGUUUGAAAAGACCAACACUGCAUUCUAUAUAAUGAAGAAAUUCAGUGUUUCAUCACCACAUUGAAAUUAUCAAUAUUAUUAAUGAUAUUAUGAUUUUGUGUGGAGAGGUCUGUUACAGAAAGAAGCUUUAGACCUUUCACAAUAAAACAGAAGAUUUAAGUGAAUCACUCAAAUGUAGGACUCAUGACCUCAGUGUGUGCGCAUGUGUGCGUGUAUGUGUGUGUGUCGACUCAGUGUACAGCUGUGAUGUAUUUCAUUGACUUUUCCUCCCUCUCUCUUCUCUUUUCCUUCUUCCAUCUCUCUUCCUUUCAUUCUCCCCUCGCCCUGUUUAUUUUCCUUCAUUCUACUUUUCCACCAACUGCCCACCUCUCUCCACUCCUUCCCUCAUCUCUAACCCAUCCUUCCAUCUUCCAUUCCUCCUCUUCUCCUCCUGUAUCUGUUCCUUUCUCUUCAUCAGCCAGCCCUGGUGUUGGGCCCCUCGGCUUGCUUUCCACCUUUCCAUCGUCAUCUUCUUCUCCACUCCGGGUAUCAUCCUCAGCUCUAAUCAACCUCCACCCACCCUCCUGUCUUUCUUUCUUUCAUCCUUCACUCCCAUGUCUCCCUACACCCUCUCACUCUUGUGUCAGACCUCCUUUUUUCCACUCUUCCAGACCUCAUUUAUAUGCCCUUUUAUUUCUCCUUCCACCUCAUCUAACUUUUCUCCUCUUCUUUAUCUUUCUAUCCUUCCUCAUCCAUCUCUCAGUUGCAUCACUCUUCUCUCCCCCCCCGUGCUCUCUGUCCCUGCCCCCUCCCCCCAUCUCUCUCCAUCCUCCUGCUUUCUCGUUAGUCUAAUGGAGCCAGAGUAAUUCACUCAGCAGCAGGAUAAUGUGACAGAACGCUGGCUCAGCCUCUGGCCUGCCAGCCAAAGGAAACCAUGGAUGGAUGGAUGGAUGGAUGAAUGGAUGGAUAGAUGGAAAAUGGAGGUGGAAAGGUGAGGAAAGGAGAAAGGGAUGGGGGAGGAGGGAGAGGGGGGAGAUGGAUGAGGCAGAAGGAGAGGUGGAGAUGUGAUGGAAAGAUGAAAAGACAGUCAGAGAAGUACAUCAGUAUAUAACUGCAGUCCAGAAUCCCAGCUUUCACAUGUGGCUCUGAUACGGGAACAAAUCCAUCAAAUGUAACACAAAGUUGAAAAGCUUGAAUAUCCUGCACCCCCAGCUGAAAGUGUGUGUGUGUGUGUGUGUGUGUGUGUGUACCUGUCUGUGAACCUCAGCCAUUUUUAUUUAAACACUGGGAGGGAAGUAAAUCAGCGCUGUGAUUGGCUGAUGGCGUUUCUGUUGGCAUGUAAAGCUUCUAUUUAUGGACCGGAGUAGUGUAGUCUAGCUUUAAAAGAACUAAAUAUGAAUAAAGGAUUGUACCUGAUGUCUAAAAUACCAGUGAAGAAUGCAUGUGUGACUGGCUGUGUGAGUGUUAGCUCCUCUCAUCUAAUGGGAGACCCUGCUUAAGCCCCACCUCCUUCUCUUGCCCUCCUUAUGCAUGUCCUGAAGUUAACCCCGUCCCCAGUAUAACCUCCCAAACUUGGACUGUUAUUUUCUGUAAAAUUUGUACUUUUGAACGAAACUAUUAUCAAAGUAAGUAUAUCUCUAAUGUUAGGUAUGUUUGAUGUUAGCAAUAACGUAAAUACAUCAGUAAAGGAAUAUAUUUGAUAUUUAAAUGCAGUGAAAAUAUAACGUGAUAAAACAACAAUGAUGAUGGAUAGAGGUUGUGUUUUAAAAGCAAUAUUAUUCUGAGUGUAAACUAAAAAUGAGUGCCAUAAAUCGUUUUCUGUUUGUUUGACUUUGUUUCAGUCCUCUGCCUCAUCGUUGUUUGUUCCACUCACUAGUACUGUAAGUGUUAAAGGCUUCUGUAGCUUCCCAGUAUGUCUCUGUGUAUCAUGAAUGCUGAAUUGGUUAAGCUAUAGCAACAGAAAUAAAGACAUCCUGCUGCUUCUGUCCA